UUCAGGUGUUGCAGAACAUCCGAAGAAGGAAGCUGUAAACAUUUUUGACAGGUUACGGCCGAGAUGAGCGUGCCGGACUACAUGCAGUGUGCCGAGGACCACCAGACGGUCCUCGUGGUGGUCCAGCCGGUCGGCGUCGUGCCGGAGGACCAGUUCUUCAAGAUCUACAAGCGGAUCUCCAGCGUGAGCCAGGUGAGCAUCCGGGACUCCCAGCGGCUGCUCUACAUCCGCUACCGCCACCACUACCUGCCGGAGAACAACGAGUGGGGCGACUUCCAGACGCACCGCAAGGUGGUGGGCCUCAUCUGCGUCACGGCCUGCGCCUCGGCCAAGGAGUGGCCGCAGACCGCCGAGCGCUUCCACGGCCAGAAGGAGGUGUACGGCGCCACGCUGUACGACUCCCGCCUGCUGGUGUUCGGGCUGCGGGGCGACGUCGCCGAGCAGCAGCGCACCGACGUGGCCUUCUACCCCGGCUUCGAGGACUGCCCCGACGUGGAGAAGAGGGUGGACGACUUCGUGGAGUCCAUCUUCAUCGUGCUGGAGUCCAAGCGGCUCGACCGGGCCACGGACAAGUCCGGGGACAAGAUCCCGCUGCUCUGCGUGCCCUUCGAGAAGAAGGACUUUGUGGGGUUGGACACGGACAGCAGCCCCGUGAGUUUAUUGUUGGGUGCGAAAAGGCAUUAUAAGAAGCGUUGCCAGGGCCGGAUGAGGAAGCACGUCGGAGACCUGUGUCUCCAGGCAGGCAUGUUGCAGGACGCCCUGGUCCACUAUCACAUGGCCGUGGAGCUGCUCAGGGGCGUCAAUGACUUCCUGUGGCUGGGGGCCGCGCUGGAGGGUUUGUGUUCGGCCUCCGUCAUAUUCCACUACCCAGGGGGCACGGCGGGGAAGACCGCGGGCCGGAAGCCGAGCGUCUCCCAGCCGGCCGACGCGGGGAAACGCCACAGGCCAGGAGCUCAGGAGGUUCUCAUUGACCCAGGCGCCCUCACGGCCAACGGCAUCAGCGCCGACACCAGCACCGAGAUCGGGAGAGCCAAGAACUGCCUGAGCCCCGAGGACAUCAUCGAGAAGUACAAAGAGGCCAUCUCCUACUACGGGAAGUAUAAGACCGCCGGCGUCAUCGAGCUGGAGGCGUGCGUGAAGGCGGUCCGGGUGCUCGCCAUGCAGAAGAGGGCGAGGGAGGCCUCCGAGUUCCUGCAGAACGCCGUCUACAUCAACCUGGGACAGCUCUCGGAGGAGGAGAAGAUCCAGCGCUACAGCAUCCUGUCCGAGCUCUACGAGCGGAUCGGCUUCCGGCGCAAGUCGGCGUUCUUCAAGCGCGUGGCGGCCAUGCAGUGCGUGGCGCCCAACAUCCCGGAGCCCGGCUGGAGGGCGUGCUACAAGCUGCUGCUGGAGACUCUGCCCGGAUACAGCCUGUCGCUCGACCCCAAGGACUUCAGCCAAGGUACCCACCGAGGCUGGGCCGCCGUUCAGAUGCGCCUCCUGCACGAGCUGGUGUACGCCUCCCGUCGCAUGGGCAACCCCGGCCUGUCGGUGCGCCACCUGUCCUUCCUGCUGCAGACCAUGCUGGACUUCCUGUCUGAUCAAGAGAAGAAAGAGGUGACCCAGAGUCUGGAGAACUACACCGCCAAGUGCCCCGGGGGGAUGGAGGUCAUCACGCUGCCCGACGGCCUGAAGCUGCCCCCGGUGCCCUUCACCAAGCUCCCCAUCGUGCGGUCGGUGAAGCUGCUCGACCUGCCCGUCAGCCUGCGCCCGCACAAGCUGAAAGGCCUGCUGGAACAGAACAUGUCCACCGCCAGCCCGUUCAUCUACUCGCCGAUCAUCAUGCACAACCGAGGGGAGGAGCGCUGCAAGAAGAUCGACUUCCAGUGGGUUCAAGGAGACGUGUGUGAAGUGCAGCUCAUGGUCUACAACCCCAUGCCGUAUGAACUCCGCGUGGAGAACAUGGGUUUGCUGACAUCCGGCGUGGAGUUCGAGUCCCUGCCCGCCGCGCUGUCCCUGCCCGCCGAGUCCGGCCUGUACCCCGUCACGCUGGUCGGCGUUCCGCGAACGGCCGGCAACAUCACCGUCACCGGCUACCACACGUCGGUGUUCGGCGUGACCAGCGACUGCCUGCUGGAGGGCCUGAGCGGCGUGAAGACCGGCGGCUCUCUGGUGGAGGUCAUCCCCGCCCUGCCUCGCCUGCAGCUCAGCACGUCGCUGCCACGGUCGGCCCACGCGUCUCAGCCGACGUCCAAAGAGGAACUGUCCAGCAGCGUCUCCGUCCAGCUUUUUAACGGCGAGACCCAGCAGCUGACCCUCACCUUGGAGAACAUUGGAUCCGAGGACAUCGAGACACUGGAGCUCACCUCUAAGAUCCUCAGCACCAAAGAGAAAGUGUUCGGGGAGUUCCUGAGCUGGCAGCUGGAUGAGGCGUUGUCCCGCCUCCCCCUGAAGGCCGGCCAGGCCGUGACGCUGACCGUCGACAUCAAAGUCAAGCUGGACUUCUCGGGCCAGGAGAGCCUCCUGCAGGACCUCAACGAAGACGGGAUCAGCGUGGCCGGCCUGCCGAUCUCCAGCCCGCUGAGGCAGCUCCUCAAACCGCGGCCGGAGAACAAGACGCUCGGCAGCGAGUCCGGCAGGACGGAGUACAGCCACAUCAAGACGUUGGAGGCGGUGCUGAGCUUCAGGUACUCUGGCGGAGCGGGCAAAGUGGAGGGCUACCACCGCGAGCUGACUCUGGGGGUCCACGUGGACGUGGAGCCGUCGGUGUUCUUCACCAGAGUCAACACCUUACCGGCCACCAGCACCCGCCAGUGUCACCUGCUGCUCGACAUCUUCAACCCCACCGAGCACGAGCUCUCCGUCAGCGCCGACAACAACCAGGACCUGGUGCUGCACGCCAGCGAGUGCCAGAGGAUGGCCAUCCAGGUGGACAAGUUUGACUUUGAGAGUCUGCCGCAGCCGGACCAGGAGACGGCUCGCUUCACCAACCCCAAGCAGCUGGAGGAGGAGCGGCAGUACGCCCAGGGCUCCCAGAUCAACAGCAAGCUGGGCAUCUGCUGGAGCAUCCCUUCCCUGCGGCGCCGUGGAGAAGCCAGCGUGGAGGGAGUCCUGAACCAGCUGGUCCUGGAACACCUUCAGCUGGCGCCGCUGCAGUGGGACGUGCUGGUGAACGGGGAGCCGUGCGACUGCGACGCCGUGGCCGACUGCCGGGCCGGCGACGCCGUGGCGCUGGAGGUGCGUCUGACCAACCGGAGCAAGAACCCGGUGGGGCCGCUGGCGCUGACCGUGGUGCCGUACCAGGACUUCCAGAACGGCGUGCAGAACUACGACCUGGGCGACGCCGUGACCUUCAUCGGCUCCAACACCUUCUUCAUCGACGCGGUGCAGCCCAAAGAGAGCUCGCUGUGCGUCGGCGCGCUGCUCUUCCUCUACACCGGAGACUUCUUCCUGAACAUCAAGUUCCAGGACGACAGCGCCGGGCGGGAGCUUCCUCUGGCCUGGUUCACGCUGCCCAGCGUCCACAUCCGGGCCCUGGACGGCCAGCCAGGGGCCGGGGCCUGAGUGGGCGGGGCCUGAGGGGGCUUCAGGGCCUGAGGGGUCUGGGGGGGGGAAUUGUGUUGAUGUUGCUCUCUGUAAAUACAACAUUCUUGUGAAUUGAAUCACAUGUAAAUAUCAUUUUGUGAAUGGGCAACCGCACACGCACACACACUCCUGCGCGCGGCCAGCGGCGUUAGCUGCUAGCCGCUUCUCUCUCUUCGAGAACACUUCUUAAAGGAUCCGCACAUCAUUUCCUUGUCAGAGGACUCGAUGCCGUCGGUCGACUCUGAAGUCUUUCACACAGUCAAUGCCAGACGGAAAACAGACGCUAAAGUCGCGCUGAAUUAAUGCGUUUUACGGUUUUCAGCCAUUUUAGCUAGCUAGUGUGCUAACCGCUAGUUAGCUAGCUGCUGGCGGUAGCCGGGGAAUGAAAAGCAAGUCGUUAACAUGUUACCACGCUUCUCGUUUAUGCGAGGACGUACGAAAGUUAGCUUUCCUCUGCGACCGAGCGUUACAUCACUGUCACACUCUUUCUCGUCUUUAGCGUGCUAACGGAUAGCUAGCGUGCUAACCGCUAGUUAGCUAGCUGCUGGCGGUAGCUGGGGAAGGAAAAGCAUGUUACCAAGCUUCUAGUUUUUGCGAGGACGUAUGAAGGUUAGCUUUCUCAUGCGACCGAGCGUUACAUCACUGUCACGCUCGUUCUCGUCUUUCGCCGUCGGGUUUUAACGUUUCUUUAGUUCGUCAUUUUGUUUCUUUGCAAUCGCAAAAAUAUCUUCUGAAGGGAAGAAAACCUCCGAGCUACAAAACCAACACUGGAAAUCGGACCAUGUCCACGUGAGAUCCAUUUAUUUCUGCUGCCGUUUGGAUGUUUUCACUGAUUCCUCCCGGUUGUCCUCGACUAGCCGACUUCAUGUGUGACGUAUCGCUGUAAAUAAAUUGUAAUAGAAGCAA